AUGGCUGCCGCUCCUCCUCACGGCCACACUCCAGUGGGGGCCGCAGCGGCCACGUCCGCCGCCGUAUCCAUUGCCUGCUCGUCCUCCGCCGCUUCCUGUAACGAAGAUGACGAUGACUACGGCGGCGCGUCGUCCUCCUGGUCUCUGUCCUCGCCGCGCCGCGGGCAGCCGUACCGGCGCCUCCUCCGCGACGAGGCCCAGCGGCUCCGGCGCGCGCGCCGGGGCCAGGGUCCGGGCGCCGACAUGCCGCGGUGGGUGCGCCGCACCACGGACCAGAUGGUCCGGUACGUCGAGGACGACCGCGCGGGGCACGUGUACGGCCGCCACGUGGUCGCCGCCGUCCGCACGGUGCGCGCCACGGCGUCGCGCCCGUCCGCCGACAUGCGCCAGGCCAUGGCGUCGUUCGUGACCAGGCUCACCUUCCGCGAGAUGUGCGUCGUACUCCGCGAGCAGCGCGGCUGGCGCCAGGCGCGCGACUUCUUCGCUUGGAUGAAGCUUCAGCUGUGCUAUGAACCAAGCGUUGUAGCCUACACCAUUCUGCUGCGGUUGUAUGGCCGGGUUGGGAAGAUCAAGCUUGCUGAAGAGAUGUUUCUUGAGAUGCUGCAGGUUGGCUGCGAGCCUGAUGCAGUGGCAUGCGGGACCCUCUUGUGUGCAUAUGCUAGGUGGGGGCGACACAAGGACAUGAUGCUGUUCUACUCGGCGGUGCGCAGGCGCGAAUUAGUUCCCCCAGUCUCGGUCUACAACUACAUGAUCUCGUCUUUGCAGAAGCAGAAGCUGCAUGGCAAGGUCAUCCAUGUGUGGAAGCAGAUGCUGGAAGCUGGCGCGCGGCCUAAUCAGUUCACAUAUACAGUUGUCAUCAGCUCCUUUGUCAAGGAAGAUCUCUUGGAGGAGGCCAUGGAUGUGUUUGGUGAGAUGAGGCGGUGUAGGUUUGUUCCGGAAGAGGCGACUUAUAGCCUUUUGAUCAGCGUGAGCUCCAGACAUGGCAAAGGAGAACAGGCAUUGCGGCUUUUUGAAGAGAUGAAGGCUCAGGGAAUUGCCCCCAGUAACUACACCUGUGCAUCUCUCUUGGCCCUGUAUUAUAAGAAUGAAGACUACUCAAAGGCUCUUUUGCUCUUUUCUGAGAUGGAAAAUAGUAAGAUCAUUCCUGAUGAGGUUAUCUAUGGAAUUCUUAUUAGGAUAUAUGGUAAGCUUGGGCUUUAUGAGGAGGCAGAGCAAACGUUUGAGGAAAUUGAGAAGGUGGGUCUUCUGAGCGACGAGCAGACUUAUGUGGCAAUGGCUCAAGUUCACUUGAAUAUUGGAGAUCAUGAUAGAGCAUUGGAGGUGUUAGAAUCUAUGACUACUAGAAAUGUGAAGCCUUCACACUUUUCUUAUAGCGCUCUUCUCAGAUGUUAUGUUGCAAAGGAAGACAUAGCUGCUGCAGAAGCUACCUUCAGAGCUCUCUCCCAACAUGGCCUGCCUGAUGCGUUUUGCUGUAAUAACCUGCUCAGAUUGUAUAUGAGGCUGGGACAUCUAGAGAAGGCCAGGGCACUAGUUUUAAAGAUGAGGCCAGACGAUUUCCAGCUUGAUGAGGACCUCUCUAUGACAGAGAUGGAAUUUUAUUGCAAAAGCAGUAUGAUUAAGGAUGCAGACAAAUUAUUCAAAGAUAUUCAGAGAAACAGAAAAACCGUGAAGAUUCCAACAAUGCUUUUGCUUAUAGAGAUGUAUGCUAGAAACAGAUCCUGUGUGAUUCUGAAAGAGCACAGCUCGUCAAAGGCACUCGAUGAAACUGAAAGUUCAGCAGCUAGCGUGGUGUUGAAAUCCUUGUUGGACAUGCCUGGGGGCUUGUCCAGUGUGUCCCUACUGAUCAGCAAAUUGGCUAGGGAAGGGAGCACAGAUGAGGCAAAAUUCAUUUAUGAUCAGCUGACUGAAUUGGGAAUCAAGCCUGAUGAUUCAGCAAUCGCUACAUUGAUUGUCCAGUAUGGCCAGGCCAAGCAGUUAGAGCAAGCACAAGAACUAUUCAAGUCAGCAUCAGCAUUCUUUCCAGAAGGAGCAAAUGUUUACAAUGCCAUGGUUGAUGCAUUCUGUAAAUGUGGCAAAACUGAAGACGCAUAUCAUCUUUUCAUGGAAAUGGCUAAAGGCAGUAAUAGAGAUGCUGUGACAGGAAAUUUCAAGAGGUUGAAAACAUCAUACAUGGCUGUUUCCAAGAUGAAGUACCACGUCAUCACUCAUCAGCUUCAAUCUUCUAUUCAGUGUUUAUGGCAAAGGAGGAAAGCUGGACAAGCUGUUGAAAUGUUUGCUGCUGCACAGGAGCUAGGCUUGCCGAUUGAUGAAAAGAUGUACACAGACAUGCUUAGCUUAUAUGGAAAAGCCGAUAGGCAUCAGGAGGCGUCUUUAAUGUUCAAAAGAAUGAAGGAAGAUGGCAUCAGGCCCGGAAAGGAGAUGCAGGACUGUGGUCACGCUCCCGACUCGUUCUCCUACCUCGCGCUGAUUAGAGCAUACACGGAGGCUAAACUGUACACUGAGGCAGAAGAAGCCAUCCAGAUGAUGUUGAACAGCAACACAACCCCUUCCUGCCCUCAUUUCAGCCACCUGAUUUUCGCCUUUCUGAAGGAAGGCCAGAUUGGUGAAGCCCAGAGGAUCUACAACCAAAUGAAGGAGGCAAGUGUGGCUCCUGAUCUGGCCUGCUGUAGGACCAUGAUGAGGGUGUACAUGGAGCACGGUCUCAUGGAUGAAGGCAUCUCUCUCUAUGAGACGACGCGCGGCUCGCUGAAACCUGACAGCUUCAUCUUGAGCGUUGCGUUUCAUUUGUAUGAGCAUGCAGGCAGGGAGUCUGAAGCCCAGGAUGUCCUGGAUGCCAUCAGUGUGAGUGGUACCUCCUUCCUGAGGAAUAUGAAGAUUGGAUCGAAGCUUUGA